AUGCCUUUCCAAAAGACUUUGAAAACUUCUGCUUACCACUCCAGAUUCCAAACCCCUUUCCGUAGAAGACAAGAGGGUAAGACCGACUACUACCAAAGAAAGAGAUUGGUCACUCAACACAAGGCUAAAUACAACACUCCAAAAUACAGAUUGGUUGUUAGAUUCACCAACAAGGACAUUAUUGCUCAAAUCAUUAGUGCCCAAAUCACCGGUGAUGUUGUCUUGACCGCUGCUUACGCUCACGAAUUGCCAAGAUACGGUAUCAAGCACGGUUUGACUAACUGGUCUGCUGCUUACGCUGUUGGUCUUUUGGUUGCCAGAAGAGCUUUGCAAAAACUCGGUUUGGACGAGACCUACGUUGGUGUCGAAGAAGUCGAAGGUGAAUACCAAUUGACCGAGGCUGUCGAAGAUGCUCCAAGACCAUUCAAGGUCUUUUUGGACAUUGGUUUGCAAAGAACCACCACUGGUGCUAGAGUCUUUGGUGUCUUGAAGGGUGCUUCCGAUGGUGGAUUGUACGUUCCUCACUCACCAAACAGAUUCCCAGGUUGGGAUAUCGAAGCUGAGGAAUUGGACGCUGAGUUGUUGAGAAAAUACAUCUUUGGUGGUCACGUUUCCGAGUACAUGGAAGAAUUGAUGGACGAUGAUGAAGAAAAAUUCAGAACCUUGUUCAAGAAGUACAUUGAAGAUGAAAUCGAGGCUGAAGACGUUGAAGAAAUCUACGCCAACGCUCACGAGAAAAUCAGAGAAGACCCAUCUUUCAAGCCAACUGAAAAGAAGUUCACCAAGGAGCAAUACGCUGCUGAGUCAAAGAAAUACAGACAAACUAAAUUGACCAAGGCUGAGAGAGAAGAGAAGAUUGCUAAGAAGAUUGCUGCUUUCCAAGCUGAAAACAACUAA